AAACGGUCGUCGUCCUCCGGGCCACGUACGGGCCCCGCGGCCCAGCUCGGGCGAAAGCGCCAUGGAAACGCUCUCGAACGACACACCCCCGCAGGGAACGCGCGUCCGUCCCCCGUCGCCGUUGCCGCCACGUCUAUAAAACCACCCGCGACCGCGAGUCCAACGCCACCACCACACAUCAUCCAUCAUCCGUCGCUCCUGCGCGCCUACGUGCGAGCCGCGGAGAGGAAGGGUUCGUGUCCUGUCGGCCGGUUGACAUGGGCGCCACGUCGUACGAGAGGCUGUCCGGCCACGCCGCCGGGAGCGGGCGCCGCGGCGGAGGGCUAGGGGCGUGGGCGGCGCUGAGGCGCGGGCUGGCGCGGCUGUGCGCCGCGCGGCGCGGGCGGUGGGCGCCGGCGAGGGGCAUGCUGGUGCGGGCGCGGGGGAGGAGCUGGCGCGGCCGCAGGAGGGUGGCGGCCGGGUGCGGGUACGACUCCGAGGGCUACGCGCGCAACUUCGACGACGGUCUUUGGAAGGCGGAGGAGGGCGCGCCGUGGCGGGCCGCCGGGCCGGCCAUCGGCGCCUGCAGGCUCGCCCGCGCCGUGUCCUCCGUCCAGUGAUUCAUUCUUUUCCGCGUUUUUGUGAUCGCCCUGUGCGUUGUGAGGUAGCUAUUGGUUAUUUUUUUCGUAGUUUGAUUAAUUGUAGGACAGUUUUGCUUGUAGCUUGUAAAUCAGGCACGCGGAAUUGAAUAAAUCUCGAUGUACAUGGCCAA